CUCGUACGGCAGCUUGGAUUGGAUGAAGAUGCAGAUAUAAUACAGUGCAAUGAAGAUAUCAAUUAUGAUCCAGUUGAGGUCAAUAGACAAGGUGUCACCCAUGACAGUGAAAGUGCCGAGAGCGAAGAGAUCUCUUUGAAUUUCUCAGAUUCACCAAGUCCAACUCACGGGGUUAAUGAUCACGGGAACGAAUCAGAAAGCAGCGUUGGUUCAAACUUAUGCAUUGAUGAAAAUGAUCCUGAAUCUAAUAACUUAGAGUCUUGUGGGACUAACCCAGAAUGCUCUCCUCUUCCUGUCUCAAAUUCACGGGAUGUUACUGCUCUAAAAUGUGCACAAAAUGAUGAUUCUGUUAGAAAAUCAGCAACUGACAUGAAGGAACGAAAACUUCUAUCUGGUACACUUCAAUGGUUAUGGAAGUUUGGACGGAAUAAGAGUGAGGAAACAUCUAAGGUAGCAGCUGCUUCUGAAGAUGAAAAGGCUUUGAACGGUCAAAGUGGUCAGAGCAACGUAGCUGACUCUACAGCUGAUGGGUGUGAUAGCUCUUCUGGAACCUGCAGCGAAGAAGCAGUAGAUCGUAAUUUGAUGCUUAACUUUAGGAAUCUUGGACAAUCCAUGCUUGAGAACAUCCAGGUUAUCGAGUCUGUUUUCCAGCAGGAUUCUGGUCAAGUGGGGCUCUUGGAUAACACAUCGAAAAAUAGUCUCAUUGGCAAAGGACAAGUUACAGCCAUGACAGCUCUCAAGGAGCUGAGAAAUAUCAGCAAUCUUUUAUCGGAGAUGUGAAGUAUAUACAUAUAUACAUUGGUAAAUUGUUUCUAUCUGGAGUGGCAGAAUAAACAGUCUUUCGGCUUCUUCUAUUUUUUUUNCUGCUAUU